AUGGCCGAGUCAUUGAGUAUUGGUAACGAGCUGAAAGAUGCUUAUAAACCCACAGAUAAAUGGGUGAAGGCGGGGCUUACUUGGCUCACGGAUCUGGACUGGUUCUACAAGGAGCGCGCUGCCAUAGAGAGGGAGUAUGCCACCAAAUUGAAGACUUUGAGCGCGGAGGCAUUCAAGAAAAAGGCCAAAGUCUCGACUGCAGUGUCUGUUGGUGAAAACCCGGUGGUAACCCCCGGUUCAUUGGAGAGUGCUAGUUUGGUGGCUUGGACAGAGAUCCUGGGACAGACCGAGAACAUAGCCAAGGAAAGAGACGCUUUUGCCAGCAGUCUUGAGCGUAGAGUCGCGUCCCAGAUCAGUGAAAUGGCCUCCAGAUAUGACGGAAUUCGUCAACGGUGGAAGGGGGUGAACGAAGAUCUGGUGAAAGCCAGAGACUCGUAUUACGAUGAGGUGACCAAGGCCAAAAAGGAUUACGACGCCUCUUGUCAGGCAAUGGAGAGCCAAAGAUCCAAGACCGAGAGAUCAGAAAAUGAUAGAUCCAAACACAAGUCGGAAAAGAGGGAGUUUGAAAUGAACGCCGCCAAGAAUGCCUACCUGAUUAAGAUCAACGUAGCCAACAGGUUGAAGGAUAAGUACUUCUACCAGGACUUGCCUGAGGUGCUCGAUGGUCUGCAAACUUUGAACGAGGCCAAGGUUGCCAAAUUGAACUCAAUCUGGUUGACUGCGUCUGCUCUGGAGAGGUCAACGAACGAGAAACUCAUCAAAAUGAACGAUGCCAUGGACGAAGUUAUUCGCCAAAACGUGCCCACGCUUGACACCUCCAUGUUUAUUAAACACAACAUGACUGACUGGAGCGAGCCAGCUGACUUCUACUACAUUCCAUCUAGCAUUUGGCACGACGACGAGACCAUAAUAACGUCUCCUGCUGAAUUGGAGGUCUUGAAGAAACAGCUCUCCAAAUCCUCGCAAACAUAUAGUAACAUGCAGCACGCUUGUGAAGAGGAGAAGAAUACUCUUGGGGAAUUGAUCCAGGCUCGUAACAAGGCUUUUGGAAAUUCUAUCACAGAGGUGAAGCUGAGAACUAAAGAGGAGAUGUUCAAAUACGACGACCUGAUGGUGAAAUCGCUUGUUGCGAUGUCGAAAUUCUCUUUGGACGAUUCCAAACGGGUAGUGGCAGAAGUUGAGGUUGAAACCAUUCAGUCUGCUGCUGAGGGUAAGGAUCUCACGUUGACGCAGCCCAUAGAAACCAAGAAACGUGGAGUCUUUGGUGGUUUGUUCAAGGGAAAGCAUAGAAACGAAACCUCGGCUCCUGUCGAGCAGUAUGACGAUGAGGUGCACAGCCUCACGAGCUCGAUGAGUCGUGUGACCACAUCCACCGGAAAAGGAAGCAGACUGUUUGGUGCAUUGAGAGGAAGAGCAGAGUCUGUGAUGACAACUUCCUCGGCGGCAUCUGCAUCAACCGGCUCAGGCAAAGCACUUUACGCUUACCAAGCUGGCGGUGAAGAUGAAGUCUCGCUGAUCGCAGGGGAAGCCCUGGAAGUGAUUGAUCUUGAUGACGGGUCUGGCUGGACCAAAGUCAGAUCUGCAGCAGGCGAAGGACUGGUCCCCACGUCGUAUCUCUCCAUAGUGCCAGCGGCUUCGACGAACGGAGGCAAAAAACAGGGUCCCAAAGUUGCGCCAAGAAAAGGCGCCAAACGAGUGCAGUAUAUGGAGAUCUUGUACGACUAUGAACCUCAGGGCGACGACGAACUUGGUGUGGGUGUGGGUGACAAAGUUUUGGUGGUGACCGAAGACGAUGGCUCGGGGUGGACCGAGGGCGAGAUCGAGGGCAUAAGAGGUGUUUUCCCCACGUCCUACGGUAAAAUUGUGUAA